CACGUCAAUAAUCCAGCACCCUCCAUCUGCCACGGCACCUAUCCUGCAAACAUCACUUUUGGCUCAUUCAGGACUUUCAUCGAACACAUACAAAUCACCACCUUAAAUUACAAACAACCGCCUAAAAGUACACGUGGUAAAAGCCCAGUACGCCUACAAGCACACGCGGCACCACCACCAGCGUAGCUCCCUCCUUCAUCAUCGUCAGAGCUCCUUCUCCAGAGCCACCCAGACUUACACAGACGAAGAAUGCACCGUUUCAAGCUCUCCCUGCGGUUCCCCAAAUCCAUUUCCUCCAGUUACAGAGCCAUCCACGACAAAACCCAGUUCGAUAAUGCUGGGCCCGUGGCUUCGGUCCUCAAAUCCCGGGCGGUGGUCCGGUUCCGAGGUCCAGACACGGUCAAGUUUCUUCAGGGUCUGUUGACCAACGAUGUACGGAGGUUCGGUGAGGCCGUGGGUGAAAAGACCUCGACUUUGCCCACGCCCAAUUUGCCCACUGCGUCGGAAGCGCCCAUGUACGCCGCGCUGUUGACCCCCCAGGGGAGGUUCCUGUACGAUUUCUUCUUGUACGCCCCGCCCAGGCCCGAUACCAAGCUUGAUAAGACCGGGUCGGGACCCGGGCCCGACCCAGAUGAAGCGUUGGAGCUCUUUGCGGACGUGGAUGCUUCGGUUUUGGAUGAGCUCUUGAGCACCUUGAAGAAAUAUCGUUUGAGGUCUAAGGUUGAUAUCGAGAAUAUGGCAGAAGAGUUAUAUUGCUGGCAGCGUUUUGGGGGAAACCUCUCCGAAAAAUCCUCCUCUGUGGAAGAACCGGAGGCUGCUAGUGUUGGCUGGGGUGCUGGUGUUGAUCCUGCAGGAAUGUCAGCUUCACAUGGGGGUCCUCUUGGAUGGCAGUGGUUUAAGGAUCCUAGAUUGGAUUGCCUUGGUUUUAGGGGGAUCUUCCCAUCUAAUACUACACCACCUUUGGUUGAAGCUGACAAAGAAACAGAUGAGCAGAAUUACUUUCUAUGGAGAAUAGAGAACGGAGUUGCAGAAGGCUCAACUGAGAUCCCAAAAGGUGAGGCAAUUCCUCUUGAAUAUAAUCUGGUGGGUCUCAAUGCAAUUAGCUUUGACAAAGGGUGUUAUGUGGGCCAAGAGCUUGUAGCUCGCACACACCACCGAGGGGUGAUUCGCAAGCGCUUGCUUCCUUUAAGAUUUGUGAAGGAAAGUGGAGAAGAAGCGGAGCAGAAAGUUGCCCCGGGUUCCGAAGUGAUUGAUAGUGUAUCCGAAAAGAAGGUUGGUACCAUCACCACUCAACUUGGUUGUCGUGGGCUGGGUGUCUUGCGUUUGGACGAAGCCUUCAAGGGAUCAAAUACAUUGAAAAUACAAGGACAGAAAGAUAUGAAGGUUGAGUCUCUUAGACCACAUUGGUGGCCUGCUGAAUGGCUUCAAGAACCUCAACAUCAAAGUGCAGCUGUUUAGAAUGAUAUUGUCUCUGUGUUGACAAUGAUGUAUUUCCAUACAUUCAUUUAUACUGUCUCUGUGUUGACAAUGAUGUAUUUGCAUACAUUCAUUUAUACAUUUGUUUUUUUUGUUGUUGAAAGAAAAUAAAGAAAGAAAAUACAGUAAUGUGUUUCGAGAAAGAUGAUGUUGUAUAUCUAGUUUUCCCAUUGAUAGAACAAAAGGCGUUUUAAGACA